AUGUCCCUCUUCGCUCAAGUCAAUCAAGAGUUACUCAAGAUACCGCCUGUAACACGCACCAUCAUCCUCUCCACCCUCGGCGUAACACUCCCUUCCCUACUACGCCUUCUCAGCCCUUAUGUUCUCCUCUUCUUACCGGACAGGGUAAUGCAAGGGGAAGUAUGGAGAGUACCAACAUCCUUCUUGUAUGGCGGAUCGGGGAUUACCUUCCUAUUCGAUCUCCUAACACUAUACCGUAACUCCGUAGCGCUGGAAGAAGGCAUCUACAGUGGGAGGUCGUACGACUACGCCUACCAUCUCCUCCUUUCCUCUCUCGCAAUCCUCAUCAUCAACCUCCCCCUCCGUUCCUACCUCCACUCUCACACCCUCCUCCUUUCCCUCGUCACACUCUCAUCCCGUCUCAACCCCGAACAACCCAUAAACCUCAUGGGCUUCCUUUCCCUCCCCCUGAAAUACCUGCCCUACGCUAUGCUGGGUAUGGACGCCGUCCUCUCUGGACCGUUGGAAGCGGGACGGGGGCUUACAGGGGUGAUCGUCGGUUUGGGUUGGAGCUUGUUGUUAGAGAGACGGCAGGCGCCGGGAGCGCCAGAAUGGGUGAAACGGUUCGUAGGUAGUGGGCUGAGAGUGGGGGUGACAGCUGGGGGGAGUGGGGUCGUUAACCCUGGAAGGGCGGGUGGGGCAGGAGCUGGAGGACCGCAGAGGAGGGAAAGGGAGGAGGUGAGGGCUACGGUGACGGGACAUAAUUGGGGUCAGGGGAGGAGGUUGGGCGCCGAGUAGGCUAAUGAUGGAGAUU